UUCAAAUUCGUUGUACCUACACCUACUUAACUGAUCUUUUAGUUUUAAACCAAAAAAUAAAUGAGUAAUAAAAUUUGAAAGGAAUAACGUUAUAAUAUAAGAAAAGUACGCCAAAUGUACUAAAAUAGAAUCUCGUUGAAAUUAAACAUGAGUGGUGUGAUAUGAACAAAUUUUGCGAAAAGCCCAACGAUUGUUAUAUUUUGUCUUAAAAAGUAUUAUUUUUAAUGAAAUAAAAUGUCAACCUCUGAAGUGAUUGAUUGAACUCGAAAAAGAUACUUAUGAUCUAUUUCUAAAUAAUAACAAUGUCUUCAAACGACUCAAAUGUGGAUGAUAAAUCAUCACGCCACACAAUUUUGGAAAAAAUCAAUGCAAAUAAUCCAGAUCCUACAAACAAGUUACCAGAUAUUCAUGAUUUUACAAUCAUCAAACCUAUUAGUAGAGGUGCCUUUGGAAAAGUGUUUCUGGCUCAGAAAAAACAUAAUCCAGAACAGCUAUAUGCCAUAAAAGUUAUGAAGAAAUCAGAUAUGAUAAACAAAAAUAUGGUAACACAGGUUGUUACAGAGAGAAAUGCUUUGGCACUGUCCCGAAGUCCAUUUUGUGUUCAUUUAUUUUAUUCAUUGCAGUCUGUGUCAUCUGUUUAUUUAGUGAUGGAAUACAUGGUUGGUGGGGAUAUGAAAUCACUGUUGAAUGUAUAUGGGUUUUUAGAAGAGCCAAUGGCCAUAUUCUAUGUGGCUGAAGUCACAUUAGCAUUAGAUUAUCUGCACAAACAUAAUAUAGUCCAUAGAGAUUUAAAACCAGAUAACAUGUUGAUCUCUAAAUCGGGCCAUGUAAAAUUAACAGAUUUUGGUUUAUCCAAAAUUGAAAUACAUAGAGAUCUCGAGAUAUCCGAUUUUGUGAAUCGAACACCGAGCCUUAACAUGCGCACUCCAGGGCAAUUACUGUCACUUACAUCACAUCUAUCAUUUGGCUCUGGAGGUGGUGACAGCACACAGACAUCAGUGGCUGAAGCCUGUGAGAACCUUCUUGAUGAACUUAGAGAGACUACGAAACAAAAUGGUUUGUUCAGUGGGAAUGGGCUUACUACCCCACUGAUAGAACACUCACAACUGUCUGGCAUACAUCCUUUUUUAAGUGCCGAGAGCAUCAAUUUAGAUGAUAUUAUCGUGAGUAAUUCGCGAGAUUCUGGUUCGGAAUCAUUGAGUUCUUAUCAUACGUGUGAGAGUUCAAAGAACAGUUCAAACUCCAGGAGCCAACAGUCAACAGAUAUUAGUAGUGCAAAUGGUUCCUCAUUAGAGUCAGCUCUUACUGACUCUCAACAUGAUCAGUCAACGUCACCUCUAUGUAGGGGACAUUCCUUGAAACGAAUUCCUAGUUUCCGGGCGAAAAAAAGAAAGAGGAUAUUGGACUGUGAGGGAGACACGCCCACUGGAGUCACCAGCCUGUUGGAGUCGAAAGAGAAUCACAGCGGACUUACUCAGGAAAUUAUGGCUUUGGAACUGGAGGUCACACAAAACACGCCUAAAAGAAUUUCCAUACACCCCACACCUGAAAGGCGGAAGAAUCCCAUAAAAGGAGUGUUGAAGAAGAGAUGGGUAUCACAAAAUGAUAGUCACCAUUUUAAUGUAGGUGUAAUAUUCUCAACACCAGUAUCAAAUAGCAAAUCACCUAAUAUGAAGAAGAGACACAAAGCAACCAGAUUUAAUUUGCCCAUUGAAGAACCCCUGUCUGGUACUAAAGAGAAAUCCAUUACAUUUGGAAAGCAUAUUUCUACAAGUUUAGAAAUCUUUCCUACUAGAAGGUUAAGUAAGGGCGAGGGCAGUAAAUCACCUACAGAGUUGUGUAAAACACCGUCAGCCGCGCAAACGCCGUAUCGAACGCCCAAAAGCGUACGACGUGGAAACCAAAUAUCAGAUCAACGGAUUUUAGGCACUCCUGAUUAUCUUGCUCCUGAAUUAUUACUCAGGCAAGGUCAUGGUCCCCAAGUAGACUGGUGGGCUUUAGGAGUGUGCCUCUAUGAAUUCAUGACUGGCAUUCCACCAUUUAAUGAUGAAACACCGCAAGCAGUAUUUAACAAUAUUUUAACGCGAAACAUAGAAUGGCCAGAAGACGAUGAAGCCCUAUCACAAGAAGCAGUCAGUGCAAUAGAGUCCCUCCUCACUAUGGAGCCGAGUGAGAGACCAGCAGCUGUUGAAGUUAAGAAGAUGCCACUCUUCAAAGAUGUGGAUUGGGAUAAUCAGUUGAACGCUGAACCACCGUUUGUACCUACACCAGGAGAUAUUCACGAUACUGGGUACUUUCAAGCUCGAAAUAUACUACAACAGCUGCAAGUAUCCAACUUUGAUAUAUAAAAAGUAGUCAAUUUAUAAUAGUUUUUCGAAUAGCUUAGUUAUACCACAGAAUAUAAAAUCAACUGUAUCCUAAUUUCUAGCUUUUACAGUCAUGUAUUGCAUGUUUUAUUAAGACUGAGGAUUUAGAAAUGUACCUGUGUAUAUUGUAGUAUCAAAGGUAACAAUGUAAUUAUGUAUGUGUAUUUUCCUAUUUAAUUGUGAUAUAAAUGUCAUGUUAUAAUAUGUAAUGGAAUUAAAUUAAAAAACAUUUCAAGGUA